AUGAGGUGGUUCCACCCCAACAUCACUGGAAUUGAGGCAGAGCAGCUCCUGUUGACCCGGGGAGUCCACGGCAGUUUCUUGGCCCGGCCCAGCAAGAGCAAUCCAGGGGAUUUUACCCUCUCUGUCAGGCGUUACGAUGAGGUGACCCACAUUAAGAUCCAAAACUCAGGCGACUACUAUGACCUGUAUGGAGGGGAGAAGUUUGCCACACUGGCCGAGCUGAUCCAGUAUUACACAGAACAACAGGAUCUGCUGCGUGAGAGGAACGGCCAUGUCAUCGAGCUCAAGUACCCACUCAACUGCAAAGACCCCACUUCUGAGAGGUGGUACCAUGGACACCUGUCUGGGCGAGAUGCAGAGAAACUGCUCACAGACAAAGGCAAGGCCGGCAGUUUCCUGGUACGGGAGAGCCAGAGUAAACCAGGCGACUUCGUCCUCUCAGUUCUCACCCAUGAGGAGAAACAUGAAAACGUGGAUCGCAAGACCAAGGUCACACAUGUUAUGAUACGCUACCAGCAGGAAGGUAAAUAUGACGUGGGCGGAGGUGAGAGGUUUGACACUUUGGCUGAUUUGGUGGAUCACUACAAGAAAAACCCCAUGGUGGAGAAAAGUGGCAUCGUAGUGCACCUCAAACAGCCAUUUAAUGCCACGAGGAUAAAUGCGGCCAACAUUGAGAACCGGGUACGGGAGCUCAACAAAGUAGCAGAUAACUCUGAAAAGCCCAAACAAGGAUUCUGGGAAGAAUUUGAGGUACUUCAGCAGCAGGAGUGCAAACUGCUGUAUCCCCGGAAAGAAGGCCAGAAGCCAGAAAACAAGAGUAAAAACAGAUACAAGAAUAUCCUCCCCUUCGACACAACUCGUGUUGAAAUCAGGGAAAUGGAUCCAGAAAUUCCUGGGUCAGAUUACAUCAAUGCCAACUACAUCAGAAGUCUGUAUGACGAGGGACGCCACAUGGAGGACUGCAAAUUCUUCAUCGCCACCCAGGGGUGCCUACAAAACACAGUCAAUGACUUUUGGAAGAUGGUUUAUCAGGAGAAUACACACGUCAUUGUCAUGACCACAAAGGAGAUAGAGCGAGGGCGGAACAAAUGUGUACGUUAUUGGCCGGACCUCUAUGCCACCAAGGAGUUUGGGAGGGUGGUAGUGAGGAACAUAGAUGAGCAGCCAGCGCAAGACUACAUCCUGAGGAAGCUGGAGGUGACCCGACUGGACAGGAAGGAGCCUCUGAGGUACAUCUGGCAUUAUCAGUAUCUGAGCUGGCCCGACCACGGGGUACCCAAUGAGCCAGGCGGCGUGCUCUGGUUCUUAGAGGAGGUCAACCGCACUCAGAGCGCCUUUCCAGACACUGGACCCAUUGUUGUCCAUUGCAGUGCAGGCAUCGGCAGGACAGGCACCAUUAUCGUCAUCGACAUUCUCAUCGAUAUUAUUAACCGCCAAGGUCUAGAUUGUGACAUCGACAUCCCUAAGACCAUCCAGAGGGUACGGCAGCAGAGGUCGGGCAUGGUGCAGACAGAGGCCCAGUAUAAGUUCAUCUACAUGGCUGUGCAGCAGUACAUAGACACGGCUCAGAAGAGACUGGAGGAGGAGCAGAGAAAUAAGAUGAAGGAGAGGGAAUAUUCCAAUAUCAAAUAUCCCCAGAUGACCAACUCAAGAUCUAAACCCAGCAUGGCAUCCUCACGCUCUUCCUCUGUGAUGACAAAUGAUGAUUCGUCGAGUGUGUACGAGAACAUAAACUUUAAAAGCCCUCAGACGUCUUUUAGCAGUAACACCAGGAGGUAAAAUCGUUGGAACGUCCACAUUUCUCUGUCUGCCUCUUUUUUCAGCUGAGGUGUCUCAUUGGCAGCGCCUGAAAAUCCCUCACAGGGAGGAGGGAGCAUGGUGCUCUGAAUACACCGCACAACUGUGGACCCUGCCUGGGCUGCAGGUGGCGCUCUCCGGCUGCUGUCCCGCUGACCCUCUGUCUGGAGUAAAACCUCAACCUCCGUGGAGAGGAGGACUCUGCAGCAUAGUGCCUGCGCUCAGGGCCUCUCUGUCCUCCUUAGUCUCUCUCCCUUUUCGCUCUAGCCUCCACAGCUUCUCCCUCUCCUAACCAGCAGAAGUGCCUUGUCACAGGAUGUGUCUGUAAUCUAUUCUCCCCAAAACCUGCUGUCAAUUCUGCACUGUUACUGUUUUCCAAACCCUGGAAACCCAACUCCACGUGAAGAAACAACCAGUUUUUCCUCAGGAUGACGGAUAUUGAACAGAGUUUGCCCUUGGUCUGACAUGAACAGAGCUGUACGAGACCUACGGAGAGGUCAAAGCUGAGCAGUUUGUCAGCUUGUUCACAGAAACCACUCUGUUCACUCUCACUCUCUUUCUCUCUUUCCCUGUCUUUUCUAGUUGUUGUCUGAACUACCUAAGACUGUUUUUGCUGCGUUCUGCCUCUCCAGCUGUGGUGGUUAUUAAGGUGGCCGCUGAGUGAUAGCAAGGGCGGUUACAUAACCCGCGACAGGAUCCUGAAACACAUGAAGGGCAAACAAACUCCUUCUUCAAAGAUUAAAAAAACUUCUCAUUUUAAUUUGCACUGUAAAAGUGGAUUAUUCAAUUUUUUGGGAGAUUUGUCAGAGUGUUGUGAGAGAGUUGAAAGAAACCUCCUGUGCUGUUGCAAAUCAGCAAAUUUAGUCAUUUAGUCAAGUACUGUCCGGUCAUCUGAACGUGACCUCCAGUGGUCCUAUUUUUUUUUUUUUAAGUCCGCUUCUCUUCAUUAUUUCUUGAUGCCGUUGAUAUCAUGGUUAUGUAACAUAUGAGAUGUUUAUUUUUUAAAUAUAAUUAUAUUUAUAAAAGAGCAUAAUGGUGGAAGAGAUCAUAUUUAAGCACAACUGUCUAAGCAGCAGCCCCCUGUGCUAAUUCACAUUUUUAUCAUCAUAGUAUUUUGAAGUCUACAUUUGACAGGAACAUGGUUCAGAGGAUUCCUGAACGGGUUAUUGGAGGUGAGCUCGGCCGACCGCCGUCUCUCGGCUACAUUUGUCUGGUCUUUCUCGUUAAUCAGCAGGUCUGAUGCAGUUCAACAUCUGUCGGGGGAGAUCGUCACAAGGAGAUAAGGCAAAGGGGCCGAUUACAGUGGGCCAGAUGGCCAUCUGCCCGAGAUUGAAGAAUAGAUUUGUCUCCAAAAAGUAAUUUAGAAGAUGGCCGUAAUCCAAGCUUGAUGAUAGCGGAGCUACGUCACUGAUGUGAUAAGGAAGACGGUGGCGUUGCAGAGCAUUCAGCCCCCUGUGCUGUCUGGCAGAUUGUUAGCUAUUUUUUAGCCUCCAGGAUCAGCCCCAAAAUACCCCAGUGAAGUAGUCGCGUUGGCGACAUCUGGCCCAGCUUGUUUAAAAUCGAAUGACUUAAUGGUCUGCGGGGAAAAAACGAGCGGGCAUUGUAAUAAUGAUGAAGUGUGUUCAGUCUAUCCUCAUGAAAAGAAACAGGAGUGAGCGACAACUGUUUGUGAUGUUUGUGAUCCGACCAUUCCUCUUCCUCCACCAGCUCACCUGCUCAAGAACACACACUCAAUCAUGAAUUCUUAUAUUAUUAUUGUUAUUAUAUUAUUAUAUAAUGACUCUUCAUAGACGUUUAUUUUAAAUUUAGAGUGAUCAGUGCUCGGUUCAAUAAGUCUGUAAUUUGACUCAGUACAUAACCAUCGUUCACCAUAUCAUUGGCACAGAUUCCUUUUAUUAAGCUUGUGCUACUUCAGUAGAAGUACAACACAAAUGUGUUUUUCCAUCACCUCACAAAUAUCUUGUGAUUUUUGCCACUCAACUGUUUCUGGUUUGAAACUUUCCCUGUGAUAAGUUAUUGCCCUUUUAAUUUAAUGGUUGAUUCGUUAUGUGAAUAAAAGCUAUGUUUUAUGAAAUUGCAUUGCUGCCCUGUGUCAGUGAAGGCACACAGACACACACACACAGACACACACGCAGACACACACGCAGACACACACACGCAGACACACACGCAGACACACACACACAGACACACACACAGACACACACGCAGACACACACACACGCACGAUGAAUUGAAUUUGAACUUUGGGGUUUUUCUUUUUGUCCUUUUCCAGUCUGAACUGUGAUCCUGAUCUGAUGAAUAACAAAUGACUUUAGUGGUGUUGUUAUUUCCUGUGUUUCUGAACUAUCUUGCGCUGUGGAUAAUUUAGACUUUCUUUUGUUUUUUGUAUUUCACUCUGCCUCUCUGGUUAAAUUGUGAUAUGGUGAAACAUCAAUACUUGAAAGUGUGAAACUGCAGAAUCUUUGGCCUCAGGCUGUGUCUGGAUGUCAGUUGUGUGUGGAAGUAUUUUUGUCAGUGCACAGACUUUUGCCAUCAGUGUUGUUUUAUUUGUUUGAUUAUUUUCUUGUUUUGUUUUUUCAAAUAGUACAUUUCUAAUUGAUUGUUUUAUCCAUUUAUUCAUUUUGUAUUGUGUGUCAUUAAUAUUAUUAUUAUUAUUUUUGUGAUUUACUAUUGAUAAGUACAUUGUGGCUCUGAGUUGAUCCGGUGUGCAUGGAGGUGUGCAGUAGUGAUGCUGUGGGUUUUUUUCUUCUGCUUGUCCUCGUGCAUUUACUUGAACAUAAUGUUGAUAUGGUUUAUUUUUGUUUGUUCGUUUUAUUUUUAUUCCGUGCUCUUCUGUUGGAGGCAGUAUGGCUGAAGUGAGUCGUGGUUAACUGUGAUUCAGUGAAGGCCCCCCCCCCCCCCUUUCCUCCUCUUCUUGCACUGGCUCUGCCCAAUCGCCUUUUUUGCUGUAUAGGUUACAACUGCUGAUGCAAUGAGCUGCCAGAGACAGCAUCAAAAUGUUUUUUUAUCGUAUAGUUUAAUAAAAAACC